AAGAAAGUGUUUUUUUUUUUUCCGGUCAUCACUCGCAGCUUUGCUCGGCGCUGCAGCGCGCCUUGCACCGCCGCAAGCCGAGUCGUUCCGACUUGCCUCGUCGGAUUGCCCGCAGGAACUCGGGGAGGUCGUGUGCCGCCAGGAGUCGAAACUGGUUUACAAUCGGCGACAGUCAGUUGCUACCGACCGACCGUCCAUCCAGGACACAUUGGUCAAGCCGGCACCCAACGACAACUCGGGAACUCGGUCGCCCGAGCGAUAUACAGGCGCGCGAACCGACUCUAUAGCGUGUCUGCGUUCUGCAGCGCCGAGCGGCAGACGGUCAGCUGUUCAGCGAUCGGACAGGCUGCUUUUCGUUGCUGCUCCUGCUGCAACGGCUGUGACGACCUCGACGAGUUUUUCAUUAUUCUUAUUAUCUUUAUUGUAUUCGUACCGCGUUUUGAAACGUACGCGUUUCGAGCUCGUAACAGAGUGAGGAGGACUGCGGACGAAAGGACGUCAUGACUUCCUCGCUGCUCAAGAUCGGGCUCCUUUUGGCACCGGUGAUAUUGGCCUACGCUUUCAUAACCUACAUCGAAGUCCGCCUGCCGCUUCCGGUUAGCGAUACCUGUUUCGGGAUCGCCAGCGAGGAGAAGGAACAAUUAAAACGGACAAAUCCUAUACGACGUUCUAAGCCAAUCGAAAGAAGAAUGAGCUAUCUCAAGCCGGGAACCUCGUCGCCGCCACAUGGCAAACGGGCUCCUCCGGGGUCUCCGUGGCCAGCACCACAGCGAUGGCAGUCGUGGCCGCUACAGCGCAGCCUGGACCCGGAAACUUUCGCGUUGAGUUCUGCGGCUGCCGAAUCGUGCGACGUGGUGGCGAAAGCUCUGGUCCGGUACCGCAAGCUUGCCUUCCUCGGCGACACCCGAAGAGGAACAACCGCAGGAGAGUUCAUGUCGGCCGUCGUCGACCACGGAGUCCUGCCGGCUCUCAAGGUCCGGAUUUCCAACUACGAGGGACCGGAACACUGCGGAUACCCCCAGCACAAGAGUGACGAAAAAUACACCCUCAACAUACCUGAGCAGGGAGAUGCCACGCUGACAGCUCAAACCAUUUGGGGCGCUUUGCGUGGGCUUGAAACUUUUACCCAGCUCGUUCACCAAGAUCCCGUCAGCAAAGCGUUUCUAGUCAACGUCACCAUGAUCGACGAUUAUCCCAGAUUUUCCUACAGAGGUCUGCUUCUCGACUCAUCACGGCACUUUCAACCUCUGAAGCUUCUCAAGCAAAACUUGGACGCCAUGGCCUACAACAAGUUCAACGUCUUCCACUGGCACCUCGUUGACGACCAGUCGUGGCCUCUGGAAAUGGCGACGUACCCCAACUUGACGCAGAGUGCAUUCUCUCCGAGGCACGUCUACAGUCGAAAGGACGUCCAGGACAUCAUCGAGUACGCUCGAUUGCGCGGAAUCCGCGUUAUACCCGAGAUCGACACUCCAGGACAUACGCAAGCACUGGGAAAGGUAUUCCCUGAUAUUCUCACGGCAUGCUACUUCAACGGCACCCGUGGAAAAGCUGACUAUCCAAAUCACGCGGCCUUCGAGAUGCUGGACCCGAUGCAAGACUACACGUACGACGUCAUGAGAAAUAUUUUUCGGGAAGUCAUCGAAACCUUCAAGGACGAGUACAUUCACCUGGGAAUGGACGAGGUCUACUACUCGUGCUGGGAGUCAAGCCCCGAGAUCGCCAAGUUCAUGCGGAAGCAAGGUUUUUCUGAGGUCAACCAGGUGGAGCAGUACUACGUCAAGCGAACGCUGGCCAACGUCCACAAUCUCGGAGCCAAGUACAUGAUUUGGCAGGACCCCAUUGAUAAUGACGUUGAAGCGGAGGAUGACACCCUGGUUGUCGUGUGGAAAGACACCUCGCUGGACACCAAAAUGAAGCGCUGGCAGGACUACAUCAAGCCCAUCGCGCGCAAGGGCUACCAGAUGGUGCUGUCUGCCUGCUGGUAUCUCAAUUACAUCAGCUACGGACAAGACUGGAAAAAGUUCUACCAGUGCGACCCACGCAGUUUCGAAGGCACCGAAGCUGAGAAGGAUUUAGUUGUCGGUGGAGAAGCUUGCAUGUGGGGCGAAUAUGUGGACGGCACCAACCUGAUCCCCAGGCUCUGGCCACGCGCUUCUGCCGUUGCGGAGCGUCUCUGGAGCAGUGCGGAUAUAAACGACGUGGACGACGCCAGUUUUAGGCUGGACCAACAACGUUGCCGCAUGCUUAGGCGUGGCAUACCGACGCAGCCAAUCUUGAAUGGCUACUGCGGCGACUACGAGUGGGAUCUGGAAACUCCCUAUCACAUCGAAUGAACGCGCAGCUGGACGACCACGUGAACAGCGGGACCGUUCACCUAAUCGCUGAAUGAAUCGUACAAGACGUCGUCACAAGCAUACGACGACUCGAAGACGCCUUCGGAAUGUUUUAGAGCUCUUAUAUUAGCAGUAGGACUACUUAGUUUCGACGCCAUGAUGAUAAUCGUAAUUACUCAUAUAAGAACUCGUAUAAUAUCGGGAACAAACUUAAAGGUAAAAAAAAACUGUCCGCGCUAUAAUUGGGCACGGGUCAAAGGUAUUUAAAAUGCCACUACCGUGUUUCAGCAUUUCUAAGAGAAAAGCGUGGCGCGUAGAUCAAUGAUGACCGAAUAGGUAUCUGUUGUGCUUAGAAGUGUUUCAUUCCUAUUUUAUUUUCAUUUUCCUAUUUUAUGUUAACUGCCGAGACUACGUACAUUCAUCGUCUAGGAUAGCUAUAACAAGACCUACAUUUAAUUACUUUGUUUUACACAUCUUUCUGCCCACAUUUUAAUAGAGCCUUUUUUUUUCGUUCCUAUGUCUCUCCCUGCGGGAUAUCAGACAGAAAUACGCUGACUGAUCAUUCUGAGAGCUGUUGUUCCCCUCGGUGGAACAGGGGCUGCAGCGCUCGUCUGCUGGCCUGAAGGUUGCGGGUUCGAUGUCGGCCGCGGCUGUCGCAAUUCGAUGGAGGAGAAAUGGUAG